AUGGUUUAUCUUGUUCUCUUAGAACAAUUAACACGACGAAAACUCCUAAGUUUUCUUAUUUGUUUGAUAUUUUUUCAAAUAAUCUAUUUUCUCGUUGGCGGCCUUAUCGCAACGAAGCCGACCUACGCCACUAAUCAUGAAUUUAGCUUAUGUCAAGCAAGACUCAAUAGGCCGUGGAUCUACCAUCAACCGGAGGGUAACUGUAUUCAAGAUCAUCUGGAAUUUGGAACGGGCAAGUCUUGGAAAGAUUUUGUAUAUGUUAUGCAAUUACCACGCAUAACACGUUGGUUUCAAACUUUAACAUCAAUCGUGAUACCAAAAGUUGACUAUGACUCACGAAUUAAUCUGAGUUCAAAUGCAAUCUUGACCUAUCAUGUUCGUCUUGCUUAUAAAACCGACGAAAUGUAUGACGAUCCAAAUUCGGAAUGGCAGCUAUUAGUAGAAUCAAGAGAAUCUCGUCGAAUUCAGUGUGAACCGGUAUAUUAUCAUAAAAUUGGAAAUAAAAAUGUUCCUGAUGCGUAUUCUUGCGAAUCAUUUGCUUUUCUCGAACUAUCAACGUUGAAAUAUCCGUACUAUUUGAUCAAUUUACAAAUUGUUGAUAAGAAUGGUCUCUCGCAAAAUAUCGGCAAAUUAAAAACAUUCGAAUUUGUCGGCAUCUAUCAAACAGAAACUUUUACAAAGAUGUGGUACAUAUUGAAAAGUAUCACCUUUCCCAUUGUUCUUGUCGCUCUACUUUGGUUUUAUCGACAAAUGAAACGGGCAGAGAAACCAUACUCUAAUCUGGAUAAAUUGUUGUUCUUACUCGGUUUAGCAACCUGUAUACUCAAUGCUCCCGUGGAAUGGUUCACACUGAUAGUACCUUUCGAUGGUUUUCAAAUUUAUAGUGAAAUUCGACAAGGGUUCUUUCUGACCGUUCUUUUGACGUUUUGGUUGUUUUUUGCUGCUGAACACGUUGUUGACAAGAGCAAAGAUGGAACUUUUUGGUCGUAUGGAAAGUAUAUUGGCUUACUUUGGUUCGCUUCAAGUGUUCUACUCAUAUUCGCUCUAUGUCAAAGAGGAUUUCAACUUUGGAAUCCAUUUCAUUCGAUUUGGUCGACAUCAGCUGGUCGAAAUGCAAGUUUCACAUUUCUAAUACUUGCGGGUCUAUCGGGUUUCAUUUACAUGAUAUGUUUAAUUGUUCUUGUUGCACAUGUCUUUUGGAAUAUUCGCAGUAAACAAGGUGAAUUAGCAGCAAUGCGUCGUAUUCGACGUUUAAUGUAUCAGGGUGCGUUCUAUCGAUUUCAAUUUUUGUUAUUAUCCACCAUUCUAUGUGCUGUAUUAACCAUUGUUUGGUACUGUUUGAGUCAGAUAUAUGAAACUGAAUGGGUUUGGGAUGCAGAUCAACGGCCAAAGAUUCACUACACAGGUGCAUUUAUCACUGGCAUUUAUGGAAUGUUGAAUCUCUAUGUAUUUGCUGUUUUGAUCUUAUUUUCACCGGUCAUAACUAACGUUGACGAUAUGGAUGAAUUAACAUUGACCGACGAUGAUGGUAAUACAAUUCAUUUAACAAACAAUCAAACAUCAGCAUAUCAAAUGAUUACAAAAGCAGCGAUUAGUUAA